ACGAUAAGUCCGCGGUGGGUCAUACUGUUGGUUAUGUCAAAAUUGUGUUUUUUUUUUAGCCUCUGAUAACCCACAAUCAAAUAAUGCUACAAAUCACCAAGCUGUGCCUUGCCACCUCAAGUGGAAUCACUGGGAUAGGCCAGCGGCAUGUCGCUACCACCGCCGCUCGUGCCAUUGACCAGAAGUGGCGAGCGGACAAGGGGCUCCCAGAGAAUCCAAAUGCAUUUGGGCCACUAACCAAUUUGCCCGACUACACGUUCCUUGAUGGCAGACCGACGCCACUGGGUUCCAACCAGAAAAAGCGCCUGCUGAAGCAACAAGAGAUCGCCACCAAAAUCGUCGAGCUGAGCGGAGAGCUGGAGUUUGCGAAGCAGCGGUACGAACGCAACAAAGUGGCAGCCGCCACGGAGAAGCAGCGAAUCAUCGAGAACAAAUUGAAGCCCAAGGGUCAUCUGAUGCUGCAGCAGAAAAAGUAGCAUCAAAAUAUUUUGUUUCCGCAUGUUACUUGUUUUAAGCUAUACUAAGUUGAUUAGUGAAUGGAGAAUUCAAAACUA